AUGUCUUCGAUAACAAUCACGCGCGACAAUGUCACGAUCCUCUUCCCCGACGUCCACACGAGGUUAAUCGGCGCCGACAUGGCGCCCAACGCCAUCCCCAACGGCAGUUCAGAAAACAACUCGGACGAUAUGCUCGCAGGCUACGACGAGGAACAAAUCCGGCUCAUGGACGAGGUCUGCAUCGUCCUCGACAACGACGACAUGCCCAUCGGCUCCGCCUCCAAGAAGGCUUGCCACUUGAUGUCCAACAUCAACCAGGGCCUUUUACACCGGGCCUUCUCCGUAUUUCUGUUCGACCCUCAGACCAAAAAGUUGUUACUGCAGCAAAGGGCCAGUGAAAAGAUCACGUUCCCGGACAUGUGGACAAAUACCUGCUGCUCGCACCCUCUUGCGCACCCAUCCGAGACCGGCAACGGCGAGCUGGCCAGCAACGUCGAGGGCGCCAAACGGGCCGCGCAGCGCAAACUCCACCACGAACUCGGCAUCAAACCCUCCCAGGUCCCCGUGUCAGACUUCUCCUUCCUCACCCGGAUCCACUACCUGGCCCCCUCGGACGGCAAAUGGGGCGAGCACGAAAUCGACUACAUUCUGUUCAUCGAGGCCGACGUCACGUUGGACAUCAACAAGAACGAAGUGCGGGAUACGCGGUGGGUGGGUCCCGAGGAGCUGAGGCAGAUGUUUUCGGACGUGGAGACGCAGAGCGGCAAGGAUAAGGCGCUGAAAUACACGCCCUGGUUCCGCCUGAUUUGCGAGGGAAUGCUCUUUGAGUGGUGGGACAAGCUGGUCCAGGGCAAGUUGGGGGACGUGGUGAACGAGACGCAGAUUCGGAGGAUGUAA